AUGGAAGGAGUGAGCGCGCUGCUGGCCCGCUGCCCCACGGCCGGCCUGGCCGGCGGCCUGGGGGUCACAGCGUGCGCCGCCGCCGGAGUGCUGCUCUACCGGAUCGCGCGGAGGGUGAAGCCAACGCACACAAUGGUCAAUUGCUGGUUCUGCAACCAGGACACACUGGUGCCAUAUGGGAACCGCAACUGCUGGGACUGUCCCCACUGCGAGCAAUACAACGGCUUCCAGGAGAACGGCGACUACAACAAGCCGAUCCCUGCCCAGUACAUGGAGCACCUGAACCACGUGGUGAGCAGCGUGCGCGUGCCCCAGGAUCCCACACAGCCACAGCAGUGGGUGAGCAGCCAAGUCCUUCUGUGCAGAAGGUGCAGCCACCACCAGACCACCAAGAUCAAGCAGCUGGCCGCCUUCGCACCGCGGGAGGAGGGGAGAUACGACGAGGAGAUCGAGGUGUACCGCCACCACCUGGAGCAGAUGUACAAGCUGUGCCGGCCAUGCCAGGCAGCCGUGGAGUACUACAUCAAGCACCAGAACCGCCAGCUGCGGGCCCUGCUGCUCAGCCACCAGUUCAGGCGCCGGGAGGCUGACCAGGCCCAGAGCUUCUCUACGGUGAAGGCCCCAGUCCAGGUCAUCCUGCUCCGUGCUCUGGCCUUCCUGGCCUGUGCCUUCCUGCUGACUGCUGCCCUGUAUGGCCCCAGUGACCCCUUCACCCCAGAGGCUGCCCUGCCCCCAGCUCUGCCCCCUGGCAGCAAUGGCUCAGCCAUGCCGGACAAUGGCACUGCCCCUGGGGCUGAGGGCUGGCGGCAGCUGCUGGGCCUGCUGCCCGAGCACACAGCAGAGAAGUUGCUUGAGGCCUGGGCCUUUGGGCAGAGCCACCAGAUGGGCAUUGUACUGCUGGGCCUGCUCACCUGCCUGCUGGCCAUGCUGUUGGCCGGCCGCAUCAGGCUCCGAAGAAUCGAUGCCUUUUCCACCUGCCUCUGGGCCCUGCUGCUGGGGCUGCACCUGGCCCAACAGUACCUGCAGGCGGCCUCACCCAGCUGGCUGGACACACUCAAGUUCAGUACCACAUCCCUGUGCUGCCUGGUGGGCUUCACUGCAGCUGUGGCAACAAGAAAAGCAACGGGCCCACGGAGGUUCCGGCCCCGAAGGUGCUUCCCUGGAGACUCUGCCGGCCUUUUCCCCUCCGGCCCCAGCCUGGCCGUGCCGCACCCGAGCGUCACCGGCUCCUCACCAUCCCUGUUCAUCCCCACCCCGCCCGGCUUCCUGCCACUCGCCAACCAGCAACUGUUCCGGUCUCCCCGUCGGGCCUCGCCCUCCUCACUGCCAGGCCGCCUCCGCCGGGCCCUCUCACUGGGAACCAUUCCCUCUCUGACUCGAGCAGACUCAGGAUACCUGUUCAGCGGGAGCCGCCCACCAUCUCGGAUGUCUCGACCCGGGGAGGUUCCUCUUUCAGAUUACUUCUCUCUGCUGUCGGGGAGCUGCCCCACCUCGCCACUCCCUUCCCCGGUGCCCUCGGUGGCCAGCUCACUGGCCUCCAGCUAUGGCUCCCUGCGCCAUCGCAGGCCCCUCAUCAGCCCCGCCCGGCUCAACCUCAAGGGACAGAAGCUGCUGCUAUUCCCGUCACCCCCUGGGGAGGCCCCCAACACCCCCAGCAGCUCAGAAGAGCACUCCCCACACAAUGGCAGCCUCUUCACCAUCGAGCCGCCUCAGCUCCCCCAGAGGCAGCCCACGCGGGACAAGAAGCACACUGUGGACAUGCGAUCAGUGCCAGAGAGAGGCAGUGCCUGCAGCAGCCUCUCCAUCAAGAAAGAGGACGAGUCAUCCCAGUCGUCCACCUGUGUGGUGGACACCACCACCAGAGGGUGCUCAGAGGAGGCCGCCGCCUGGAAAGGGCGCUUUGGCCCCUCCCUGGUCCGGGGCCUCCUAGCUGUGAGCUUGGCCGCCAAUGCCCUCUUCACCUCCGCCUACCUGUACCAGAGCCUGCGCUAACUUCGGAGUCCUGGAGGGCGGAGCCCAGGUGCCAUCUGCUUCCACCACUGCCGGCCUCAGAAGCCUCCCAGGGACUGUGCCUCCCCCCUCUCCAGGGCCUGGACCUGCCAGGUCAUGCGUUCCUGUCCUCAGGACACCCGCGAUCCUCACCUGACCAACUGUCCGAGGCCACGUUCCUCGCCUGCCACCCCCUUGGCUGACAUGGGUGUGUUUGGUGCUGACACUCUGACCCUGAAACCGAGGCCCCCCCUGCCGUCCACCUGCCCGGCAGAACGCCAGAACCUGCAGCAGGAGGCCAGGCUGCCUGAGCCCUGCCGCCAGCUGAAGUCCCAUCUUCGUACUGUACUCCCUUGACAUGGGGGGCCACCUCCGAGCCCCACAAAAACGAAGAAAGCCCCUGGGAUGGUCCCGGGGUCACUGCCCCACCCUUUUCCCUUUCUGCUGGAUUCAGGCAAAGUGGGCAAUUGGGUGCCUAGGGCUCAGUUCCAGCACCCACCCUCCCUAUCCACCCAGACUCUCCCCCUCCCCCUACUUCCCUAUUCUGUGACUUCUGGUGACCUCCCAGGAAGCAGCCUGUAUGCUAGGACCUCCCGCCCACGCUGCCCUCCAGGUCCUCAGCUCCACAAGAACUGUAGGUCUCAGAGGAGACCGGACCCCACCCCACCCCCACCCUGGUACUUGGCUUCUUUCAACCCGGGACCCACUGUCUUCCCCUUUGUCCUCCUGUGCCCACCUGGGUUCCUCUUGUCUCCCAGGCCACCUCGACUGGCCACCCUCUGCCCCACUCCUUUUGGCCCCUGCCACUGCUCUUUGACCCACCCUGCCCCCGUGCUGUGGCGGUCUUGCCUCCUGAGGGGGAAGGAGCACGUGGGCUGUCAGGGUCUGGGUGCGGGGUCCCCUCCCACCCUGGGCCUCGGCCCACGCGCAUGUUUGUCUGCCUGUUGAUUCACGGGUUUGUGCCACUGGGGGAGGGAUUGGCCGCCUCAGUAAAUUCUGGGACUUGCUGUGGGGAGGGGCAUGAGCAGGCGGAGGGGUCUUCACUCUGUCAUUCAGGGAUAAAGUUUCGUUUUAUUUUUGUACAUUUUGCCAGGCAGGGCGUUCGCUGUCGGCUCUCUCUGCCGGGGGAUUUUCUUAAGCUCUGGGUGCUUCCUAGUACUUUUUUUAACACAGGGAAGGAGGCUACUCUGACCUCACCCUCCCUCCCUCGCCACUCUUGUCCUGGGAGCCCCCAUGCUGUGUCCUGGGCUGUCCACUGCCCUGGACUUGGGGGGCCGGGGUGGUGUGAGGACUCAGUCCAGCUGCCAAGAGGGUUCCAACACCGAGGUGGCAUCUUUUGGUCCUCGUUUGUAUGGUGGGCAUGUUACGUUUUUAAAUUUUAUUUCUUGCCUAUCAAAACCAAACUCCAUUCCCAGUGCCCUUGUCUCUGGCUCUGAGGAUGCUCCACGCAGGGAGCUCUGCCGCCUGGACCAGUGGCCCAGCACCCCGCAGGGCCGGGGAAACAGAAAACACGACCUUAUUUUUGUUUACAAAAGCAAAAAAUGAAACCAAAAAACAUAACAACCUUUGAACUGUG